AUGCCUGUGUCAAAAUCUACUAAGGAAUCCAAGGCUGCACCAACACUGAGGUACUGGGUAGUGAAGCUGAAGGAAAUCCAAUCAUCGUUUGGUGAUAUUUGGGAAUUCGUCGAAACAUUCCAAGAAGACGUGAGCCCAACACAAAUUUCGGUCCGGUUGAAUGCAAUCGAUGAUUUGUGGGAAAGAUUUGGAGAUGUUUUGAUCGAGAUUAAAUCUCACGAGGAGUUUAGCGCGGGUGAUGAAAUCUACGACAAGGAGCGAAAGGAAUUUAGUGAUAGGUAUUAUCAUGCUAAAUCCUUUCUGAUUGAAAAGGCCAAGGAGCGUCAGGAGGCUGCUGAGAUAAACCAGACUGUUCGUUCAGAGUCUGGUCACAUGGCUAACGUAGAUCAUGUUCGGCUCCCACAAAUCAAGCUUCAAUCUUUUGAUGGAAACAUUGAUGAAUGGCUCGGUUUUCGUGAUUUGUACCUGUCCUUGAUUCACUGGAAGCAGGAACUACCAGAGGUGGAGAAGUUCCACUAUUUAAAAGGGUGUUUACAAGGAGAACCCAAGGCGUUGAUCGAUCCACUACAAAUCACGAGAACAAAUUAUGCAGUUGCGUGGGAGAUGCUUUUAAAACGGUAUAAUAAUAGUAAGCAGCUGAAAAAAAGGCAGGUGCAAUCACUUUUCAAGCUGCCAGGGAUGGUGAAGGAAUCCAAGGGUGAGCUACAAACGUUGCUGGAGGGUUUUGAGAGGAUUGUCCACACUCUUGAUCAAGUUCUCCAGACCGACGAAUAUAAGGAUUUACUAUUGGUCAACUUUCUUGUGUCUCGUUUGGAUUCAGUAACUCGUAGGAGCUGGGAAGAAGAGUCUGCUACCAAGGAGCAAGAUUCUCUGGCAGAACUCACGGAAUUUCUCCAUCGCAGAGUUCGGGUUUUGGAAGCUCUUCCACCAAGGUUUACGGAGAAUAAGUCGAUGCAGCCUCAAGGUCCGGGUAAACAGAAGACGGUCAGUGUUAGAACUUAUCAUAAUAACGUGAAGUCUUCCGGGUUCAGAUGUCCUGCAUGUAAGGACAGCCAUUUGCUUCAUCAGUGUCAGAAGUUUUUGAGAAUGGAUGUAAAUGAAAGGGAUUCUCUGUUGAAGAUUCAGUCGUUGUGCAGAAACUGCUUCAGGUCCGGGCACAUGGCUAAGGAUUGCCAGUCUAAAUUUUGGUGCAGGACAUGUAAGGGCAGACACCAUACGUUGGUGUGUUUCAAGAUGAAGGGAGACAGUCAGCCAGCAAUACUUCAAACAAGCGGGCCUUCAACAUCAAGGCGUGAUUCGUCGAAAGAGAGUUCAACUUUCCAAACAUCACAUGUAUCGACAGCCUGUCUAACAUCAAGUGAUCUGAGGAGGUCUCGUUCACAGGUCCUCUUAGCAACAGCGGUUGUUUUCAUCGAAGACGAGAUGGGCACCCGAUAUCCAGCUCGAGCGCUGUUGGAUUCCGGGUCCGAAAGCAACUUUAUCUCUGAGCGGUUGUGUCAGUUGAUGGAGAUAAAGCGGAAGAAGGUGGACAUCUCAAUCUUGGGAAUCGGUCAAGUUCAAACACGAGUCAGGCAUAAGAUUGAGGCGGUGGUUCAUUCCAGAGUAACCAAAUUCUCCAAGGAAAUGAAUUUCUUGAUUUUACCGAAGGUAACGGUGGACCUUCCUACAUCAUCGGUUGAUACGGAUGGAUGGAGAAUUCCGGAUGGUAUUAGUCUCGCGGAUCCCUCAUUCUUUGUGUCCACAAAGGUGGAUUUAGUACUCGGAAUUGAAUUCUUCUUCGAGUUUUUCCAAACGGGGAAAAAUAUGUUGAUUGGCGACAACUUACCAACGCUCACGGAGUCGGUUUUCGGAUGGGUGGUUUCCGGAGGUCUAUCGGAACACACAGUGACAAGGGUCAACUGUAACACGUCUACUACAGAGUCGUUGGAAUCAUUGGUUUCCCGUUUUUGGGCAUGCGAGGAGAUUGGUUUGGAAAAACUUUAUACAGAGGAGGAACAAAUGUGUGAAGAUCAUUUUCAGAAAACGGUUCUGAGAAACUCGGAUGGAAGGUACACCGUGGCUUUGCCCAAAAACCCACAAUCUUUUCCAACUCUGGGCGAAUCAAAAGAAAUUGCAUUUCGUCGUUUGCAGGCUACGGAACGAAGGCUGAACAGGGAUUCUGACCUUCAAGAUCAAUACACAGCGUUCAUGGAAGAAUAUCUUGAACUGGGGCAUAUGCAGAGGGUUUCAGCGAAUCUACACGUGAAACGAUGCUUCUUACCUCAUCAUCCGGUCUUGAAAGAAAGCAGUACCACAACUAAACUUCGGGUGGUGUUUGAUGCGUCCUGUAGAACAUCGUCUGGAACAUCGUUGAAUGAUGGUUUGUUAGCUGGGCCGGUGAUUCAAGAGGAUUUAAGAUCAAUUAUACUGCGCUGUCGUACAAAACAGGUAAUGGUCGUAGCGGAUGUGGAGAAGAUGUUUCGGCAAAUCUUCAUUGCUCCUGAAGAUCGCCCUUUGCAAUCGAUACUUUGGCGAAAAUCGGUGUUGGAUGAGGUCGCAGUAUACGAAUUGAACACAGUCACAUACGGCACAAAACCUGCACCUUUCUUGGCGACCAGGACGCUGAAACAGCUGGCUAUAGACGAACAAUUGCGCUAUCCUCUGGCGGCUAAAGCUUUUACCGAGGAUACAUACAUGGACGAUGUGAUAACCGGAGCAGAAGAUGUAGAAGCAGCACUCGAGCUGAGGCUUCAGCUCGAAAAUGCUGCGACAGCGGGUGGAUUUCGGCUACGAAAGUUUGCUUCUAAUUGUCCGAGGAUUUUAGAAGGCAUGGCUGACGAAAACGUGGCGAUUAAAGACUUCUCGGAGGAUGCUGAAUCAGAUCCGUCGAUGAAGAUUCUUGGACUCACAUGGCUGCCGAAAUCAGACAUCUUCAAAUACCAGUUUCGCUUUCCCGAGUUAUCAGCAUCAGGUGAACUAACAAAACGACAGGUUCUUUCGGUGAUUGCGACAUUGUUCGAUCCGCUCGGCUUAUUGGGAGCAGCGAUUACAACAGCUAAGGUUUUUAUGCAGCAACUUUGGUUAUUGCAGGAUAGCAAUGAAGAGCGUUUGGGUUGGGAUCAACCGCUACCUCCAACGGUGGGUGAGGUUUGGCGGAAUUACUACAAGCAGCUACCGUUGUUGAACGAAAUCAGUAUCGCACGUUGUGUCAGGAUUCAAGGAGCUACAAGUUUAGAAAUUCACUGCUUUUCAGAUGCGUCCGAGAAGGCAUAUGGAGGAUGUGUGUAUCUGAAAAGUGUAGAUUCGGAAGGAAGAGUUAUGAGUCAUUUACUGUCAGCAAAAUCUAAAGUGGCUCCGUUGAAAUCCCAAUCAAUCCCUCGUCUAGAAUUGUGUGGGGCACUUCUCACUGUCCAACUGUUUGACAUGGUUCAGAAAUCGGUUAAAAUCGACUGCCCGGUUUAUUUUUGGACAGACUCUACUUGCGUGUUGCGUUGGAUCCAAGCGGUGCCUACAACAUGGACCACUUAUGUUGCAAACAGGGUUGCCAAAAUUCAAUUGUUUAGCAAUGGAGGUGAAUGGAAACAUGUCCCUGGAGCAGACAAUCCUGCGGAUUUGAUCUCACGGGGAAUUUCGCCUAGUGAAAUAGGUCAAAAUCAGCUUUGGUGGCAUGGGCCAGACUGGCUGGUAGGCGAAAAAGAGGGAUGGCCGAUUUUGCCGGAAGGAUAUCAGCAAGGAAAUGUUGACGCUGAACGUCGUCGUCAGACUGUUCUGCUCAAGGACCAAAAACACCAAGAAACGGUGGAACGAGAAUGUUGUAGUGAAGGUAUUCGUUGGCAUUUCAACCCUCCAAGUGCUCCUCAUUUCGGUGGACUGUGGGAGGCAGCCGUUCGCUCAGCCAAACAGCAUAUUCUGAAGGUCAUUGGUGAAAAUCCAGUUUCGGCUGAAGACUUCACAACAUUGCUCGUGCAGGUGGAAGCUUGCCUCAACUCGAGACCUCUUACUCCUCUCUCAGAUAACCCAGAGGAUCUCGAGCCAUUAACUCCUGGGCAUUUCCUUAUUGGGGAAUCCCUACAAGCUUUGCCAGAUGUGAAUUUUGAGGAUACGCCAGAUAACAGACUGAACCAGCUUCAGCAAAUGCAGAAAAACUUAAGAAUAAUCUGGAAUCGCUGGCGGCGCGAGUACUUGGCGCAACUUCAGGCGCGUACUAAACGUUGGAAGCCAGCAGUUUCCAUUAAAAAGGAUAGUUUGGUAAUAAUUAAGGACGUAAGACUUCCACCUUGUCGUUGGAAAAUGGGUCGAAUAUCGGAACUUCACCCUGGUAGUGACGGAGUCGUCAGAGUUGUCACUCUACGAACAGAUUCCGGAAUGAAAACUCGUCCGGUUGAAAAACUAUGCUUGUUGCCCUGCGUUGAAAAUGAACCGACUGCAGAAGAAGUUUGUCAGAAAGAUUUUCAGAGUAAAGCGCCAGAUGAGAAAACUGUUUGA